AUGCCCCCUUACGAGAAAGGGGGCAGCACCACCACCCGCCAGCCCGCCAUGCCUUCUCUCAGCGCAAAGGCAAUGGGCCGCACUCCCCUGACCCCGAAAGUCGCUGCGAAACCCUCCCCCGUCGUGACGCCCUUGGGCCGUCGCCGAAACGAUCCCUCCAGUAAUAACAAUACCAACCACCACCACUCCCAUACAGCCGUCGGCGCCGCCAGGGACGAUCUGAAUACCCCGGCCCCCUUUCUCGCCGCUACGAACAUCACCCCUCGUUCGGGAAGUCGCCAGAGCCGUGUCAACAGUGCUAACACGACCCCGAACGGCACUCCGAACACGGAAAGAAACGACUGGGAGCACCAACCCUCUACACUCGAGCCCCCUAGGCGCCAGGUUGUCACCUUCAGCCCGCCCUCCAGUGUCAGCAGUCGGAACGAUGCGCCCGACUCCAAGUUCUUCUACGCCAGCGAGGCAAAGCCCCCCCAGCCCGCUGCUCCCCAGCCAAAGGCCCAAUCAAAACCUCUACCUCCCGCCCAGCGAGGCUCGACUUUCAUGUACGCCAAUGGCAGUACCAUCGAGAAGAGCAGGCCAACCUCCCCUGGCCUGGGUUUCACACCAGUGCUGGCACCCUCGCUGGCACCUUCGCUUGCACCAUCUCUCUCCUCGCCUCUUGCCCCGGCCCCGGACCCGCCACCGAGCAAGUUCUUUUACGCAAAUGGCGCCCCCAAUCUGCAACCCGGCUUCCGGCCCUCGUCUGCUGCAUCGGGCACCGGUUCCGUCGCCUCGGGCUCGGGCAAGCUGCAUAGGACAUCAGCAGGCUCGGCCGGAGGCUUCUCGAUGGCACAGCGACCCCUUUCACCAAAUAGGCCAGCACAACUCCCGACGUCUGCGCCGCUGCUCAAAAGCAACGGCGUACCUCCCCUUGCUGGCGGCCGAGCUCAGAUGACGAGUCCGCCGCCGCUCGCACCGCUAUCUCACAAACGUCGGACGAGUAUCGAUGCCCUUUCGCAGGUUGCCAGCCAUGCCGGAUCAGAGGUCCCAGCCACGGACGCCAUGAUCAUGUCUAGGUUCAUGGCUUCGCAAACGUCGACCCCCUCCGAGAUGGCUUCACCGACAGCACAGAGCUUCUUUGCCCAACAACCCAUUACGAUUGCUUCAAUAAUACAGGCAGCCGAUGAUUUGGAGGAGGACGACGAGGAGGACUCGGCUGACGAGUCAAAGGAUCUGGACGAUCUCCACAGCCCGACCAAAUCAUCACACGGCGAUCCGCUAAACGACAUGGUCCUUAAUGCGAGAAGAGAGCGCAAGGUGCAGGAUUUGGAGAUCACCAACGCUUCUUUGGAGGCCAUCAACCGGUCUUUGGAAAGGCAGCUGCGGAAACAGACGGCAGAACUGAGGAGGUACAAAAGGCUGUCCCGAUCUGGGCGUCUGUCAGUUCCUCCCUCGGCUACAUCCAGCCGCGUGCCUUCCGAAACCAAGCCCGCGGGCCUCGGCAUCGAUGGCCUGGACUUGUCGGACCUUAGCGAGGACGAGGCGGAAGACGACUUGGGCGACAUGGACGAAUCGAUGUUUGAGUCGUCCGAGCUGUCCGAGACAGAUUCGACGUCGCCUACCAGUCCCAAAAUGGACACCGACCGGGACGAACGGCGUCGUACUCGGGACGAGAAACGCCUGCGGCUGGAUCUUUCCAAGCACAGGGAGUUGCUUGUCGACAGCCAGAAGAUCAACCAGAGCAUCAAGAGAUGCUUGAACUGGACCGAGGAGCUCAUCAAGGAGGGCAAGAAGGCGCUCGAGUACAACGUCCGCCCCAGUGACGUGGAGCUACCCCCCCGGGUCCUUCGCCCGGCAUAUCUGGAGGAGAAUGAGGAUGAUGGGCGGGGGCCAAGGAACGAGUUCUCGGUCUCGUUACCGAGCAGUCCAAUGGACUCGCCGAGAAGUCUUUCGCCGCAGUGGAGCAAAGAGCCGCAGCCACAGGACCGUGAUAGUGGCAUCGAGUUGCCUGCGGACAGUGGCUGA